AUGGAUUGCACGCACCUCUAUGCCGAUGCGUUGAGUGGCAGUCCCCACUUCCGGACUGAUGGCGACUUACAGUCUGUGAAGAAGCACUUCUCCCACUUCGUCGAAAGUGCAAGAAUGAAUUUCUCCCUGGAGGUAGGCAUUCCCAAGGAGAAGCAGAGGAGAAGACACCAAAACGUGUUUGACCGAUUGACCGAUGCGAACUUUUACACAGGAAUGUAUAAGCAGAAGUUCGACACGUUAAGGAGCAGGGCCGCCGAGAAAGGGACUUGUCAAAAUGUUAAGCUUAACCAGCUAGUAGCGGAGGGAGGUGAUCCAACCGAACAGAACCCACCGCCCAUUUUUGAGAAGCAGAAGAAGACGCAGAAGAAGAGGCAGAUAAAGUGCAAAACAGGCGUAGUUACUGCUGGCACGCUGGGGGUGCAGAAGUAUGGAAUUCAAAUCGCACCGCCGAAAACCAUCUGGCUCUUUCGCAACGGAGAUGAACACCACGAAGGGCUUCUCUUCCUAGUGAAGCCACACGUCCACAAUUGGAAAUCUCUGCUGAGAGAAAUUACCAAAGUGCUGGGCCCCACCAUUGGACCUGUUAGAACUAUAUACAAUGCGAACUUCCUCCAAGUGCGCACCGUCGAGGCGCUGAACGAUGGGGAGAAGUACCUGUGUACAUCUGGGGAGCCCCCAGCGCGCGUGGACAGGCUGACUCGCUUCCUUAGUCGCUGGGUGAUGCACGGGAGUGACCCCCAUGCGGGGUAG